CCAGGAACCAACCAGGGUAUCACGUCCAGAUACACCCAGGGAACCAACCAGGGUAUCACGUCCAGAUACACCCAGGGAACCAACCAGGGUAUCACGUCCAGAUACACCCAGGGAACCAACCAGGGUAUCACGUCCAGAUACACCCAGGGAACCAACCAGGGUAUCACGUCCAGAUACACCCAGGGAACCAACCAGGGUAUCACGUCCAGAUACACCCAGGGAACCAACCAGGGUAUCACGUCCAGAUACACCCAGGGAACCAACCAGGGUAUCACGUCCAGAUACACCCAGGGAACCAACCAGGGUAUCACGUCCAGAUACAUUUUGAUGUGGAAAAACCAGCGCACCUUGUUGAGGAGGACCAAAUGUCAUGACCUUCACCAGGAGGUCCUCUUUGUGGGGAACCGUGUGAAUGUGUUCUCCUGCCAACUCAAUCUGAUUGUAUAUUGGGGACCAGUAUACAGGAAACAAGCUCGGCAGCAAGAAAGAGAGGACAAUGACCCAACACACCUCCAGGCUGUGUAAGGCCUAUUUGACCAAGAAGGAGAAUGAUGGCGUGCUGCAUUAGAUGACCUGGCCUCCACUAUCAUCCGACCUCAACCCAAUUGAGAUGGUUUGGGACGAGUUGGACCACAGAGUGAAGGAAAAGCAGCCAACAAGUGCUCAGCAUAUGUGGAAACUCCUUCAAGACUGUUGGAAAAGCAUUCCAGGUGAAGCUGGUUGAGAGAAUGCCAAGAGUGUGCAAAGAUGUCAUCAAGGCAAAGUGUGGCUACUUUGAAGAAUCUAAAAUAUUCUGAUUUGUUGACCACUUUUUUUGGUUACUACAUGACUCCAUAUGUGUUAUUUCAUAGUUUUGAUGUCUUCACUAUUACUCUACAUUGUAGAAACUAGUAAAAAAUAAAG